UCCAACUCCUCCCUGUGUUGCUUCUAAUUAAUGCAGGGAGUGUUGCCAGCAGCUGCCUGGACAGCUGGAGCAUGGAAUCUGAACAUUAAAGUCGCACCUUAAAUCACACCUUGUUUAAGAGUCACUGCAGCAAACCCCAAGGAGGUGGUUGUGAGGCAGCUCCUGUCAUAUCCACAUCAAAAAUGGCAGAAACAGCUCCUGAUGAUUCUGAGAGGCUGAUCGUCAUCCACUCCAAAGCUCACAAAGACACCAUUCUAGCCAAUUUUGAAGAGCAAAGGAGAAAGGAUUUCCUGUGUGACAUUACUCUGAUAGUGGAGAAUGUGCAGUUCAGAGCCCAUAAAGCUUUGCUCGCCGCCAGCAGUGAGUACUUCUCCAUGAUGUUUGUAGAUGACGGUGACAUAGGGCAGUCGAUUUACAUGUUGGAAGGGAUGGUUGCAGACACCUUUGGAGCACUGCUAGAGUUUAUAUACACUGGGUGCCUCCGUGCCAGUGAAAAAAACACAGAGCAAAUUCUGGCCACUGCACAGCUGCUGAAGGUGACUGACCUGGUGUGGGCCUGCUCUGACUAUCAGGCUGGCCACAGCCCAAGCGCUGUGUUUCCAGCUCCAUCCGGCGACAAGAAACACGAAGAGCUACCGAAGAGAAAACGAGGGCGACCCAGGAAAAUCAGCAGUGUCCAAGAAGAAAAGCCAGGAGCAAAUUCUGCUGAGGAUACGCAGCUGAGAGAGAACAACUCCGUGCAAAACAAACAGAGUUCUGUGAAAAACGAUGGUGCAGCAGAAGGAACAGCUGCCAGCGAACAGCUGCCAGCGAGGAAAGAUGCAGAAGAGAAUGACCCUUCUGGUGGCUCAGAAGCUGCUGUCGAUCUGGCAGCUGAGAAAGAUGAGAAUUACGACCCCAAAUCUGAAGGGGUCCAGGGCGCUCGGAGCCGUUACAGCAAACGCAGGAUAAGGAGAUCCAUCAUGUUAAAAGACUAUAAGCUCCUCGGCGAUGAGGAGGAGAAAGGACUGGCAAAGAGAAGCGAGGGGAAAAGAAAACGCGCAGGGUCUGAAGCUCGCUGUAAAGACUGCGGCAAAGUAUUUAAGUGUAAUCAUUUCUUGGCUAUUCACCAGAGAAUUCAUACAGGGGAGCGACCUUUUAAGUGCAGUGAGUGUGGCAAAGGCUUUUCCCAGAAGUAUUCUCUCCACGUGCACGAGCGGAUGCACACAGGGGAGCGGCCGUACACCUGCACCGUCUGCAGCAAGGCUCUGACAACAAAGCACUCUCUCCUGGAGCACAUGAGCCUGCACACAGGGCAGAAGGCUUUCACCUGUGAUCAGUGUGGGAAAUACUUCAGCCAAAAGAAACAGCUCAAGAGCCACUAUCGAGUGCACACAGGCCGCUCGCUGCCGGAAUGCAACCAGUGCCGCCGCAAGUUCAUGGAUGCAGCCCAGCUAAAGAAACACCUGAGGACACACACAGGUGAGAAGCCCUUCACUUGUGAAAUUUGUGGCAAAUCCUUUACAGCUAAAACCUCUCUUCAAACUCACAUCAGAAUUCACAGGGGAGAGAAGCCAUAUUCUUGUGGUACCUGUGGGAAGUCCUUCUCUGAUUCCAGUGCAAAGAGAAGACACUGCAUCCUACACACAGGCAAAAAGCCUUUCUCCUGCCCAGAGUGUAGCCUGCAGUUUGCUCGCCUGGACAACCUGAAGGCCCAUCUGAAAGUUCACAGCAAGGAGAAGCAUUUUCAGGAAGCCAGCACUGCCCCGAGCACCAACACGGAUCCAGAAGUGCGGAACAUCCUGCAGCUGCAGCAGUAUCAACUCGCCACCUCUGGGGGGCAGGAAAUUCAGCUGCUGGUUACGGACGCGGUGCACAACAUCAACUUCGUGCCCAGUCACAAUCAAGGCAUCAGCAUCGUUGCUGCAGAGAACGCCCCAAACGUGAGCAGCGAGCAGGCUGCCAACCUGACGCUGCUUGCUCAGCCGCCGCAGCAGCUGCAGAACUUGUUGCUGUCAGCUCAGCAGGAGCAAGCAGAACAAAUCCAAAGCAUCAGUAUGAUUCCCAACCAAAUAGAGCCUGCCCAGCCUGAGCAAAUGCACGUCAUUGCUCUUUCCAAGGAAGCGCUGGAACACCUCCAUGCUCACCAAGGACAGAGCGAAGAGAUGCACUUAGAAUCCUCACACCCAGCCCAGCAGGAAGCGAGUCAGCAGGCUCCCCCUGGCCCGGACACGCUCCCCUCCCAGCAAGGCAGUGCACAGCAGGAUCCAAGCGCGCACGUUCCUGAAUCCCAUCGGCAGCCUCUCUCGGCGAAUGAGUCACCCUCCCAGCAGCCUGUUCAAGGACAGGCUUUCUGACACGCUCGUUUGUCAUCCCAGGCUGGGCUGCCACACGGUCCUCAGCCAGGCAGCAGUUACACUUUCUUCCCUGCAGCAGAGUCUGUCUGAAGGUGCAUUCUGGGCUGACUCUGAUGAGUGAAUUUCACUUCGUCAACCUUAUUUAUUUUAGACUUCUUUAUUCCUCCAGGUGACUGGUUCUCUACCCACUUGGUAGAGCUCUCUAUGGACCACUUGGUCCACCCCUCACAAGGGAUUAAUGUGGGGCUUUGUGCCUCACACACAUCCAUACUUACUGAGAAGAUGUUUGGCCCUGUACCUGUAUUUCUGAGUGACUCUCUAGAGUCAAGAUGUUCAAGAUGUCUGCUGAUCCCGAAGUACAGCUUCUCUGAGGCUGCAUUGCCUGAAAUGCUGUUGAGCUUCAGACAAGCAGUGUUUCUUGCAACGCUAACACCACAUGUCUUACAUUUCAAGAGAUUUCUCUCUGCAGUGGCUAAGUUUCUGUGUGGUCAUUCCCUGAAGUGCAUUUUGAUUUGUUGGCUGUCAAAUUGGUUUGAUUUGGUUUGAAAUUGUUGCAGCUUUUGGUCUGGUCCUGGAUCAUCCCUUCUGUUCCCCACGUGUUGUACAAGUUUUGCUCCUCAGAAAAGCCUAAGCUACUGCACUGAAGCAAUGGCAGUGAGGUGUGGUGGUUACACUGGACACCUGAAAAGACCAAAUUCUUCUCUGUUAGUUCUGCUGCUCACUCUCUGUGUGACUGUGAGCAGGGUAGUUGACCUCUGUGCCUUAUUUUGUCAUCUGUUAACUGGGGAUAGUGCUCAGAUGCUCUGCCAAGCACUUUGAAGAGCUCUUGCUGUUGAAGGCACUGUCUACUGAUGUGCAGAAUUCUCUUCCUGGCAGGAUUCAUUCCAAGCUUAGGAGCCAGUGUAUAUUUAAAGCAUUAUUUUUUGUGCUUUGGAGAGCAGACUGCAGUGCUACUUCUAGUACAUACAAAAGCUGGUGAGUGUUUUUGUGGGGACUUAAACAAUGGCUGGAAGCAUUCAGAGAGCAUCAUGAGCGGUAUGGAUGGGGUUAAAGUUGUGCAGCUAUCUUCAUUGACUAGAUUAGAUGUGUACAGAUUGGUUUCAAUGACUCCUGUCAAUAAGAGAAGGUUAAUAUUUGCCCAUCUUAAUAAAAAGCCAUGCCAGAAAA